AUGUCCGCGUCCGCCUUCCUCGACACCUGGAUCCCCGCCGGCGCCCUCCCAAAAUGGCAGCUCUUCAUAGGCUUCACGGCGCUCUUCAACACCGCGCAGAACUUCCUGACUCUGAACUUCACGAGGAGGAUAUACAACGGCACGCCGCCGAACGAGCCCGUCACGCGCUUGCAGGCGCGGACGUUCGGGGUGUGGACGCUGGCGAGCGGGCUGGUGCGGCUGUAUGCGGCGUAUCAUAUUCAUAAUAAGCAGGUGUACGAUCUCGCGCUGUUCACGUACCUGCUCGCGUUCUGCCAUUUCGGCUCGGAGAUCUUCGUUUACCGCACCGCGCGGUUCUUCGGGCCGGUGAUUACCACCGUCAUCGUAUCCACGACAUCCUUGGUGUGGAUGAUCUCGCAGUACGACUACUACGUCAAGACCUCGAUCUAG